AUGGCUGCUGAAUUUGCAACCUCUGUCGCUUGCGAUUUCAGGAAUCAAACCAAAAAAUAUGAAUUAGCAAUCGAUAAGCUACAGAAUGAGGUUAAUGAGGCCCGAAGGAAAACUGAGGUUAUUGAGCAUGACGUAGAGGACUGGCUCACAAAGGCAAGAGAAGAACGGGAAGAUGUGAAGAGAUUAUUAGAUGAAAUAGAAGUGUUUCAGUCGGUGUCCUGCCUUGGGCUGGAGAUACUGCUUAAAUAUGAAAGUCACCAAGCUACUGUUCCAGGAUUAGAGUUCAUUCCAUCUAAGGAUUUCAUGCCUUCCGAAUCUUCGAAUUCCGCUUUCAAAGAGAUCAUGGAGGCUCUGAAUAAUGGUGAUGUGAACAUGAUGGGACUACAUAGGAUGGGAGGAGUGGGUAAAACCACUUUGGCAAAAGAGGUGGGAAGGCAAGCCAAGCGACACUUCAAUGAAGUUGUGAUUGUAACUGUGUCCCAAACUCCGAAAAUCAACAAUAUUCAAGGAAAAGUUGCAGACUUCCUACAUUUAAAUUUUCAAAAGACGAAUUUAGAAGGAAGAGCAGGUCAAUUGUGGUUGAGAAUAAAAGACGUGAAGAGCAUCCUUAUAAUCCUUGAUGAUGUUUGGGAAGAACUUGACUUAAAGGUUAUAGGGAUUCCGUUCGGUGAUGAUCACAAAGGCUGCCAAAUUUUUCUAACAACGUGUGUUAAACAAGUUUGCACUCGAAUGAAAUGUCAAAAGGACGUUCAUCUCAAUAUCUUACAUGUUCAUGAAGCAUGGGCUUUAUUCAAAGAUAAUGUUGGGCUAAAAGAUGUCACUUCCCCCUUGAGUGAUGUAGCUAAGGAGGUUGCCAGAGAAUGCAAGGGUUUGCCUCUUGCAAUUGUAACUGUGGGAAGCGCUUUGAAAGAUGAAACUCAAGAUGAGUGGAAAGUAUUACAUCGGCGACUGAAAGACUUUAGACAUAUAGAGCAUUAA